AUGACAAAAGCUCAAGAGGAUGACACAUAUCUCAUCAGAUCCAAGGACCCAGAUCCGUGGCAGUGUUGGUUGUUGACUUGGCGGGUUUGUAUGACUCGCUCUCACAAGUUCAACGACAAGGCCCACGUUGCAGGUGCCCUGUCUGAAGACGGCACAUUCGUCCCCGUCGAACAUGUUCCCAAGUACUUUGGCAAGCACGGUUUCGCCGAUGCCGAUCCCAAAAAGAUCAAGAAGAACGGCGGUGGCAAGAGCAACUGGGGCAACGCUGGUGAUGAAGUUAUCGACGACCCUGAGUUCAGUUUCGUCAACGCUCGCCGUCACUCCAACGCCAGUGCCAUCUCCAACAACUUGGAGCACUUCAAGACCAAGUUUGAGGUCAACGAGCCCGAGCCAGUCUUUGAGGAGGGUGUUCAUGGCGCUCCCGAGGAAGAGGAGGAGGUGACUCUUCAGAAGACGGAUACUUCCUCUAGCGGUGGUAGUGUCGAUGACGAGCACAAGGUCGCCAGUGACUAA